GCGCUGAUUUCGUCCAAUAAGAUAAUCUUUGUUUACUUUUUCUAAAUUCUUAACAAGAAAACGUUCUUUGCCCUGCCCACAAAAUGAGCUGCUACGGCUGCAGCCGUAAGUAUGGACUCUUCUGCAAGGAGCACGGUUGCCCGAACUGCGGUUAUUCGUACUGCGCAAAGUGCCUGAAGAGGCCAAUUGCUGUGCCCCGUCAUGGCGGCAAGGUGCUCAACGUGUGCCUCAUCUGCUACGACAAGCUGUCCAAGAUGCAGGCCAACGCCGAUGCCGAGAAAGUUAUUGACUGCGAAGCGCUGCCCGGAGAGCUGGUGACCAAGCUGCGUCUGCCGCCAAAGAACACAACGCCAGCCGAUGCCGAGGCAGCUGAUGCACUCUUCGACAAUGUGCUGCCCUCCGAGGAGCUGGCCGCUGUGCUGGCGCCCAUAAGCAGUGCUGUGGUUGGCAAUGCAGCAGUGGCUCCAGCUCAGGCCACAGGCAGCGAGGAUAUUGACGAGAACCUGGACAGCGCAAUUAGCAAACGUUUGCAGAAUCUGAAGGCUGUCGAAACGACUGACGACGAUAUACGUGCGCGUCUUUCCAAUUUGAGCGGCAUGCCGCAUCAGAAAAAUUAUGACAAAAAGGAUCUCCUGUUGUCCACCGACCAAAGAACUGAUCAAGACAAGAUCAAAGAUCUGCUGCACCAGUUUCUGGGCGAAACGCAGCUGGAUCAACGUGUCGACGAUGACCGCAACGAUGCCAUCUCCGACAUUGAGAGACGUUUGCGUGCCCUGCGCGAUGCACCCAUCGACGGUGCUGGAGCGGAAGCUGCAUCCAGCUCGGCGGCCACAAAUACGCCCAGUGAUAACGAGGACGAGAACGAUGAAACUGUCCUGCAAGACAUUAUGAAGAAGUACAUAGCGGAAUCCCAGUUGCCGGCAGCAGCCGAUCCCCUAGAGGCUGAGCUGGGCACCACAAACAAUCCGAACAGCAGCGAAAACGAGGAGCUGCCUUGGUGUAAUAUAUGCAACGAGGAUGCUGUUUACCGUUGCCUUGGCUGUGAUGGGGAGCUCUUCUGUGCCCAAUGCUAUCGCGAGUGCCACGACGAUGAGGAGUAUCGCGCGCACAUCAAGGAGAAGUACAGGACGCCGCCCAAAUUCAAAGAGAAUCACUUUUAAUGCUGCUCGGUUAGGCAUGCUUGUUGAGUUUGAGCUCGUUUUAUUUUCAUUUUGUAUGCUUAAGCGUUUUUGUAUUUCGUUUUUAAAGUAAUCCUGGAUGAAAAUAGCUAAUUUUAAGAUUGUGUACAUAAUGUAAAUGUAUCGAAACUGUCAAUAUUGAAGAGAGUAGCCACAAAACCCUGAUCUACCCGUCUUCAUUCAAAUCACGACCUCUCGCCUUGGGAGACAGAGAAAUCAUGGUUAAGACAGAGAUAGGGAUAGGCUUGGCGAAUAAAACCAACUAAAACCAUUUCGGAAUACAA